AUGGGCCGCCAUGACUUAAUUGAGACAUGCUGCAGACUUCAAAGAAGCUGCAAAGACUUGCAGUGCUCCCUUGAUGAGCUUCACGACGAGGACGCUCGUCUUCGGGCAGAAAGGACGGACCUUGAACGCCAAGUUGCCGAAACGCAGGUGCUUCUUGAGCGCCUGCACCGCGACGAUGGCGUCGUCGGCAACUUCUUCAAAGACAUCGGCAUUCACCAAGUCUCCGAUUUUAUCCAGCAAGUUCGGACACAGACUCCCGAGGCGGCCGCGGCGGCUGCGGCGGCGGCGGCUGCCGCCGCGGUCGCGUUUGGUUCCUCGGCCAGCGCUCUGAUGAAGGAGACUCAAAAACACCAGUUUGGGGUCAGGCGAGACGCCCUUCCAGAUCGUCACGGCAGGCUAGAAGCCGGCGGGUUUCCCUGCGGGAAAGAUCAGAGGGACAACCGACCAGUGAAUACCACGGGAGAUGCGUUCCUGAACUCUCGCGAACGCGUAGCAGACGUGCCAGAGAACGCUCAGAGGACGGGCUCCUCUUCUUUAUCGGGGAAAACGCCCGCGGAAGCUGCGAAAGAAAUCGCCCGGGCCAUGACCGAGGCUGCGACUGAGGCGUGGCACAGAACCAGCAGCCAGCGGCUCGGCCUGGAGGGGGCCGGGGAGAAGACAGAGGAGGUCGAGGGGAAGCAGACGCACCAGGAAGGCGAAGAGAAGAAAGAGAAGGAAGGAAGGAACUGGCAAGACCCUUUCUCAGAUGAGCUGGUCAUGAAAGCGGUCGGACAGCAGGGCGGGAGCAGUGUGCGGGCUCUGCUUCAGAGGAAACAGACGGAGGAGAGACUCCAGCGACAGAUCGCCCAGUGGCUAGACGACGCCAGCAGCCUGUCGAUCGAGGAAGUCCCUCGGCCGUCCGGAGCCUUUCCGCUUCCAGGUUUGGCGUCUGGUCUGACUGCAGCUCCACCUUCUGUCCCGUUCUCUUCUUCGUCCCUCGCAGCCAGCGGCGUGUCUCCUGGGGUGUGUAUGGAUGGCGCACAGCCCACGGAUUCUCAGGCGGGGUCUGGGGAGUCCGUGUGUGCGGAAGGCGACGGUGGAAAAGCCGCUCAAGACACCGCUUCCAAUUUGGCCCAGGCCGGAGGCCAGGGCGAUGGCCCCUCGACUCUCUCGGCCGAAGAGGAGAGACAGCGCGCCCGGCAACUCUGCGACGCGAAGCUUCUCGCGAUGCAGGUGGAAAAGGCUCUCGGAAUGUUCGAUAUCGGACGUUUCGCCCCGCAGUACGCACCGGUGGCGGCCCCAGCGGCUUCCUACUCGCUCCUCAAGGGAGACGCCUCUGCUCGGCCCCACGGAGAGCGCGCCCCGGACCGCACGAACCGAGACAGAGAUGCGUGGUCGGGCUUCGCUGAUGGCAGCCUCGACGACCUCUGCGCACGCGUGCUCGGUGGCAACGCGCAAACGAAAAAGGCGCCAGGAUCGCAGCAGAAAAAACAGCGGUCGCCGGAGACAGGCGGGCUGCGCUCGAAGGCGGACGCAGAGACAGUGGAGGAGGCUCAAGAGACGGGAGGAGCGAAUUCGGACGCGAUGUCGCGUGGGGAUGCGCCUAGCCUUUUAGAAGCGAAAUCGAAUAGAGCAGGCGUGGAGAGCGAUUCUUCGCUUCCCUCGCGUCUUUGCCAGGCUGGCUUAACAUCCGCCCAGUCUCCGGCGCCGUCGCAAAAACUCCCUCCGAGAGAAGACUUUCCUCCCUCACAGCCGCCGAGGGAGGAGGAAGCGAGAGCGUCGCCAGCUCCCAUAAUCCGGUCCAGAGAGGGAGAAGAAGCUUGCGUCGGCCAGGCCACGCGUUCUUCGUGCUGCAUGCAGCUGUCCGAGUGUGAAAGCUCACAGGAAGAAGCUGCGGAAACUGCCUCAGUUCCUCACACGGGGCAGGCCGCCGGACCCACCAAAGCGUUGGAUGCCUUGGCGCAGACGCAUUCUCCGCAUCAAGAUCCGGGUCUGGGAGUCAAAGGGGAAGGCGAAGUAGCGAAAGAGGAGUCUUCCUUGAAAGAGACGCUCGCAGACACUGCCCCACAAGUUGGGUGUGUUGAUUCGCCAAAGUCGAAUGCCACUUCUGCUCAGUCAGCUUCGAAAUCGUGUUUUUCGCCCUCGUCGCCCAUGACCGUAACGUGCAAGCUGCUGCCCGAUGGCGCCGUUUUCCUCUCCUGGCAGUUCGGCCCGGAGCCGCGCACCCUCUUGGCCUCUGCGCCCCCCGGCGCGUGCCGCCAGUUGGAGGUUCAAAUGAGCAUCCUCGACCUCACCGCGCAGUUCGAGGCUGCCACGAUGAGGUCAGCCGCUGCGCCGUCUGGCAUCCAGCCUCCCAUGCAGAAGACGCGGGCCUCGACCUUGCUGCUCGAGUCCCUCCAGCUCGGCCGCGAGUACCAUUUGACGCUCAUCGUGCGAUGCUUGGAGUUCACGUUCUCGACGGGCGUCGAGGAAGACUGCGGCGCGCCAGUUUGCGGGGUCACUGUGCAUUUCCGCCUGCACGCCGACGGCCUAAAGAGUCUCCGCAUGCGCCCCGUCAGCCUCUCGACUCUCGCCUUCCCGUUCCCUGCAACGAGGAGACAGGUCGCCGCCCCAGAGCUGCCUGCCAACCCCACAACGCCCGCGACUCUGGCGCCUCCAGCGCACCCCUCCGUUCCUUGCAAAGAGGAAAACGCAACCUUUCUCGCCGGACAACUCGAUCCGUCUUCCCCCGCGGCCCCUGAUCGCGUCUCGGCGGCGUCCGCCUCUCCGUCGGGGCGCGACGCCUCGGCGCCGCCUGCGCUAACUCCCUGCGCGGCUCUCGGCGGAGCGGGAAGAGCCCGAGAGUCCGAGUCGUGCGGAGACCUUUCGCGCGGGUUGCGGGCCCCGACCAUCCAGAAUGUUGUGUGCUCGCUUUCUUCGUCUCGCGCGGAUCGGGAAGUGGACCAAAAAGACGCGCAAGAACGUGACGGAGGCAGCGGGCUUGGUAGGAGCACCUGCAGCUGCACAGACGUGGAAGCAGGGCAGGGUCGCAGUGUGCCCAACGGCGGUUCUUCGCUCUCUCUGGCAGUUUCGACUCCGGCGGGAACCCCCUGGCGCGCAUGUCCUGGAGACGACUUCCUCGUUCGUCCAGUCCCUGGUCGAGCUGGCCACGGACCCGAAGAGCGCAGCCGGCGAGCUGUGGAGGCCGCCCUGACGACGAAGCUCCAGGCGGAGAGCGCCCCUUUCCUGUCGGUCGCUGCUCGGCCUCUCUGCGGCCCCACGGGUGGCCUGGGCGUUCCGGCGCCGCCGGCUGCAGACAGUCCUCUCACAGUCGCCGCUUCUGUGGCGCCUCAAGAACCAGAGGCGGAGAUCAGAGGUGGAGGGCCAGCGGAGUCCGUUCCUCCGGGCUCCGCGGCCCUCGGCAGCGUGGAACUUUUGUCGAGCAGUGGAAGCAAGGCGGGAGCGGUGCGUUGCCGGCGGGUUCUCGGUGUUGCCGGCAAAGGGGAAAGACCUGUGUGUUCCGUUUCCCGUCACGCCGCCGACGAACGGUUCACGCGUGUCUCAGGCAUGGAGCCCAGUUCGCUGUCUUCCCGUUUGCUGGGUCAGCCAGCGGUGGCUUCCGCUGCGUGUCCUGGUUCCCGGCCUCUCUCGCAGGCGUCUCCCGCCUACGCAGGUGUUGGCGACCGCCUUCCUUCCUCCUUUCGGGCUUCGCCACUCUCUGCGGUCUCUUCUUCCGCCCUGUUUCCCCACACCUGGCAGUCGAGUCUGUCUCAGUCGGCGAGUCCAGAGUCCAGUCCUGGGCCUCAGUCUCAGGGCUCUGCGACGCACGAGGGCCGAGGCCUGGAUCCGGCCGCUCCGGAGACGCGACCCGUGGCCGGAGCGUCUGUGUCCCUCUCAGAGGCCGUUGUCUCUCUGAAGAACCUCGACGUGUCCGAUGCAGCGUGGGCGCUCGUCCGCGGUGUCGCGCAGGCGAGUCAGGCGGCUCUCGAGAGCGCAGAGGCUUCGGGCCUCGCGGGCGGAAUCGGCGGGUGCGGCAGGGGACACGCGACGCAGGGCGUGCGGGGCAGGGGCCUGCACGAAUCUCUCGGGUGUCUCCACGCCCGAAGAACAGACGCCGACGAAGGCCCCGAGGCGGAGACAGACGAGCGGAGUCUCCUAAGUGCGCGGCUGCCUGCCCCUGGAGAGAGCACCUCCCACCUCGGAGCGAGUCUCGGCUCUGCCGCGCCGGCCCGUGGUCCCUGCGGCGGCAACGCACCGGACGGGAGAGUUCGGCGCUCUUCUCUGUCGCGGCGAGAACAGAAGAAGCACUGGAUUCAGUGCAGGAAACAGCUGUGGGCGAUGCCGGACAGCAUCCGGGUGCUCGCCUUGAAUCCAUCUGCGGGGACCGUCGCGUCGGGAGAGGCCACGCAGCCGUCCGUUCGUGAGCAGCCAGUGGGGCGUCGCCCCGCUGUCUCUGCGGUUCCCGGCUCCGUCUCGGCUCAGAGCUGUCUGCCAAACAUCGAUGCUUCACGGUCUUCCUCGUUCGGCAGCCCAAGUCUCCACGUGCCAUCGCUAGGUCAGGGAAGCACCUCAGCGCAGAGUGGCGACCCGGCGCAAGCGGAGAGCUCUCUAGACCUUUCAAGCGCUGUCUCGGACGUGCGCGAACCUCCUAGGGGGGUGACCGCGUCGAAUCUGCCCAGUUGUUCGAGCGAGCGGGCAGAGAGAAGAAAGGCGAGUUUCAGAGUCGCGCCGUGCGCGCUGUCGGAGGGACCUCCGCAUCUCAGUCACGGCGAGCUGCGGGCCGAAACCGCGCACGGGCGAGCCCAAGUUACUGCUGGAGGGUCUGAGAGCCAAGCUGUCGGUCCGGCAGGCGAAAACCCAGUCAACAGAGGCAGUGAUGGCCGGCCGGCUCCGGGCGCCUCCGAGGUUGACGCGCUCGCGAGUCUGCGGGCGCUACGACAGCAAGAGGAAGAAAUCACGAAGCUGCUGCGGGCGCACAGAGACGAGCAGCUACAGCUCCAGAGACGCCGAAUGGACCUACAGGGACACUUGGCGGGCGGCGCGGCGCCUGACACAAGGGUGAGGUCGUCGCGCAGCUGUCCCUUUGGGGAGGGGGCGUCGGAGCGAGGCCCGGUUCUUGGAACGGCCGGGGCAGCGUCGGAAUCGGAGCAGUCUGGACGCGAAGGCCAGAUGAGCUCGACUGGUCGACCGCAAACGCCAAAGGUCGUCGGUUCUCUCACGGUGAUGAAGGCUGCGUCUCCACCAGGUAAUCCCGGCGGAGACCCGGCAGCGCUGACGUUCCUUCCUCUCGCGGCUUCCCCACCUCUCGGCACAAACCGCUUAUCCCUCUCGGGUCCAGUGUCUUCGGCGGCGUCUUCCGCGCCGAAUCCCUGCGUCGCCGCGCCUGCCGCGACUGCGGCCCCGCAUUAUCCGCAGCCUGCGCACUACGCGGGCAAUCUGGGCGCGACGCGAAGCCUUGCACGGGUGGGGACGGAGGCCUCCCGGGCACUGGUCACCAGUUCUGUCUCUUCGCAGGGGUUGCCUCGUGCGGGCGACUGCGGCGCUUCCGCGGCAGGACGGGAACCCGAGAAAAGGGCCGGAGGAAACGGAGAAGAGCGGCCUUCGGGGGGUGAGGGACUCCACGGCGGCCUGGCAGGGGAGCGCAGCACCGGCGCGGGUGGCGGGUCUCUCGGACCUACGACGAGGCCGCAUUCCGUCCGCGUCCAGCUGCAUGCUGACUCGCAGGCUGGAAGGCGCGUACGCUACGCUGGCGCGCCCCAGUGUUUUCCUCAGCAACUGUGGGCUCCGGAACUGGGUGUUCCCGUCCCCCAGAUCCCGCCUCUUGACUCGACUGCUUGCGCAGCUCCGUACCGCUUGCCCAGCAGACAGCCGACCAGCGGGGACGCCUCGCGCGCCCUGCCGCCUGGUUCGUCGCAGCGCCAUGGCGUAGGUUUUCCAGGGGCUGCCUCGGUGUCUGUGGAUUCGCCGCUGGCGAGCAGCGACCGAUCCGCGAGGACUCCCUCCGCAGCCGCAGUGCACCGGUUCGCCGGAGGCAGCGGGGGAGGCACGGCGGGGAACGGUGCGGCGGGGAAGGCUCCUGUGGAGGACCACGUGGACAGAAAACGGCGAGAGAGUGAAGCUUCUUGGGGCUCACGCGUGCUCACGUCUCUGGGAAGCGCCGUCUCGGCCUUCAGCCCCUCACGGGCCUCCGCCUCUUCACAGACGCGACAUCGUUCCCUUGAGCCUCCGAGUGCGUUCGAAGGGGAACAGAAAUCCGCUCGUGUCCCGCCGGGGGCUGAUGCUUCAGUGUCUCGACGUUUGUCGACAGCAACUCCCGCUCCGCGGGGACCGCAGGCACCCGCUGCGUCACCGCCGCUUUUCAGUGCGGCCGCCGACCCCCGUCUCCUGCACACCCUUUCUCUCUCGCGUCAGCAGAUUCCCCCCCGGGGUCUCUUCGUGAUGCCGCAUGGAAACCAAGUCGUUCAGUGUCCCCUACCCUCAGCCACCCAGAGCGUACCCGCUUCUCGUCCACCUGGUGCUGCCGCGCCGUCUUUUUCUGGUGUUUCGCUUCCCUCCCCGGGCGUUUCCCCGCCUCCUGCGGGGCCUUCUUCUCUUUCUGGAGCUCCACAGAUGUAUACCAGGCGCACGCUCGGGGGCCCGGUCUAUCCUCAGCAUCCCGCAUUCACCGGAAUUCAUCGACAAGCGCCAGCGUUGCCAGAAGUCUCCAGUCCACAAGCCCUGUCUGCUGACGGUCUCCCUCCGGGCGCUUUCGCGGUCACGACGCUUCUUCAGAAUGGUGGCGCGUCGGUAUCUAGCCGGUCGCCCUUCCCCCCUUAUGCGCACCGACUCACUCUGACACCGCAGCGAAACGAACAGCGGGAUGCUUCACUGUCUGUUAGAGGAGACGGGGGGAAGAAUCACGCGAAGCGCGAGGGCGGGGAGGUCACCCGCCUCACUUUGCCCAGCACUUGCGUAGGAGGCUACCAAAGCGCAGUUGUAGCUCAGGGAGCGAAGACACCGUUCUUCAAACCUGCCUCCUGUGAGUCUCGUGCUCCGAGAGAAGAAGCGAUAGUAAGCACAGAUUCCAAAAGAAUCAAUCCUGUCAGUGCAAAAGCUGCCGGACGACCGGGAGGAGCUGUACAGUUGCCGGCGCGGGACUCUAGCCCCGUCGUGGCUGCAGGAGGCUUGGGUAGACAGGUUACUUUUUACUGA